AUGGAGGACAAACCCAACUCGUUCUCCGGUGCCAAGGAGGAGAAAGCGGACGGGAAUAACGCGUUCCAGCGGCAAGACUCCAUCCAGAAGACCAACAGCGCCGGCGGCCAGAACCCGAAGGAGCACGGCAACUCGGUGGGCUUCAAGGGAGAGCGCGACGAGGCCAUGGUGGGCUUCGACGACUUGGAGGCGGCAUCCAGGCAGCACGGGUUCAUGCAGAGGCAAUUCGGGGCCAUGAUGCAGCCCGGAGUCAAUAAGUUCUCCCUGCGGAUGUUCGGCAGCCAGAAAGCGGUGGAGAAGGAGCAGGAGCGGGUGCAGACGGCCGGCUACUGGAUCAUUCACCCGUAUAGCGAUUUUAGGUUUUACUGGGACUUGAUAAUGCUCAUCAUGAUGAUGGGGAAUCUAAUCAUCAUUCCUGUGGGAAUAACCUUCUUCUCGGAGCAGACCACCACCACCUGGCUGGUGUUCAACGUGGCCUCGGACACCAUCUUCUUGGUCGAUCUGGUCAUGAACUUCAGGACGGGCAUCGUCAAUGAGGAGAGCUCUGAGAUCAUUCUCGACCCCAAGGUCAUCAAGAUGAACUACCUGAAGAGCUGGUUCGUGGUGGACUUUCUGUCAUCCAUACCAGUGGAUUAUAUAUUUUUGAUCGUGGAGAAAGGCUUCGACUCGGAGGUGUACAAGACGGCGCGCGCCCUCCGCAUCGUCCGCUUUACCAAGAUCCUCAGUCUGCUCCGCCUGUUGAGACUGUCUCGACUCAUCCGAUACAUACAUCAGUGGGAGGAGAUUUUCCACAUGACCUAUGAUCUGGCUAGCGCUGUGGUAAGAAUAUUUAACUUGAUAGGCAUGAUGCUGCUGCUGUGUCACUGGGACGGCUGCCUCCAGUACCUGGUACCCCUACUCCAAGACUUCCCCCCUGACUGCUGGGUGUCGCUAAACGGUAUGGUUAAUGUGUCCUGGGGCAAGCAGUACUCAUACGCCCUCUUCAAAGCCAUGAGUCACAUGCUGUGCAUUGGCUACGGCGCCCGGGCGCCAGUGAGCAUGUCGGACCUGUGGAUCACAAUGCUGAGCAUGAUUGUGGGCGCCACAUGCUACGCCAUGUUCGUGGGACACGCCACGGCACUCAUCCAGUCGUUGGACUCUUCACGACGGCAGUACCAAGAGAAGUACAAGCAAGUGGAGCAAUACAUGUCCUUCCACAAGCUUCCGGCAGACAUGCGCCAAAAGAUCCACGACUACUACGAGCACCGCUACCAGGGCAAGAUCUUCGACGAGGACAACAUUCUUAGCGAGCUCAAUGAUCCACUCAAAGAGGAAAUUGUCAACUUCAACUGCCGCAAGCUGGUGGCUACGAUGCCACUAUUUGCCAAUGCCGACCCGAACUUUGUGACGGGGAUGCUGAGCAAGCUAAAGUUUGAGGUGUUCCAGCCCAACGACUACAUCAUCCGCGAGGGCACCGUCGGCAAGAAGAUGUACUUCAUCCAGCACGGCGUUGCCAGCGUCAUCACCAAGUUCAACAAGGAGAUGAAGCUGACUGACGGCUCCUACUUCGGAGAGAUCUGCCUUCUCACCAAAGGCAGAAGGACGGCCAGCGUGAGAGCCGACACCUACUGCCGCCUCUUCUCGCUGUCCGUGGACCACUUCAACGAGGUUCUGGAAGAGUACCCCAUGAUGCGACGGGCCUUCGAGACGGUCGCCAUUGACCGCUUGGAUCGUAUCGGGAAGAAGAACUCUUUACUGCUGCAGAAGUUCCAGAAGGACCUGAACGCCGGCGUUUUCAACACGCAGGAGAACGAGAUCUUGAAACAGAUCAUUCGCCAGGACCGGGAGAUGGUGAUGAUGGUGGACCGCAAGCAGUCGGUCAGCGGGAUGAACUCGACGCCAAUGUCCGGCAAUUCCAUCAUUAACUCGCCAGCACAGCAGCCCUUCUCCGCCGCCUUCGGGAUGAGUCAGUUCCAGCAGUCGUCGGUCCCUUUGACCUACAGUGCUUCAGCUAUUGCCAACGCCUCCGCUGCCCGAAUGCUGCCGGCUGCCGCCGCAGCGGCCCUCUACCCCACUACCAGCGUUUCCCAUCUCGGUUCCUCCUCCGCCAACCCCCAGACGCCGCUCCAGGGCGCCAUCAUGUCGCCGUGCUCCUUCACGGCCGCCAUGUGCAGCCCACCGGUACAGACGCCACUGGCCAGCCGUAGCUUCCAAUACGGCUCUCCCACGGCGUCCCAGCUCUCGCUCAUCCAGCAGCCUGUCGGCCAGGCAUCUCUCACCGGCCAGCAGUCGCAACUUAGCCAGCAGACACCCGUGUCAGCCGCAGGUGGUGCCGUGACGCAGCAGCAGUCCCCGCAGCAGCAGCAGGUCCCUUCGCCCCAGCGAGGCGACGUCCACAAGAGCACGCAGGCUCUGCAGUCCGGCAGCUUGAGUCGAGACGUGCGACACUUGUCUGCCUCGCAGCCAUCCCUGCCGCACGACAUGUCGCUCGGGCUGCGGGCGCAUCAAGCCUCGGGCGACUCGCUGGCCUCCAUCACGCCGCUCGCGGUGACAGCGGCUGCGGCGGCCAUCCAGGGGAUGAGUCUCCAGAGCGGCAUCCGCACCACAGUGCCCCAGCGGGUAAAUUUGUUCCGGCAGAUGUCGUCGGGGGCCCUGCCUCCCGUCCGCUCCACAUCAGCGGCGAUGGCGGCAGCGACGGCAGCCUCGUCAUCAUCAGGCCAACACAGGGAAUCCCCUGGCUCUCGGAGAGAUUCUGUCCUGAGCAGUACAGAGACUGACCAAGACAAAAUGCGCUUUGCAUCAAAUUUAUGAUCCCAUUUUUUUUUUUUUUUUUUAACAAUGGAGGACCUCCAAACUACUUCAGCAUAGUUUUCUCUUCUCAGAUAACCUCAUUGAAAUCCUGUACAUACACCUCCCUUGGAUUAUAUUUUAGACACAUUGUCUCCCUACUUAAGAAUGUAUAUUAUACAGAUAAUCUCUUUUUCUUUUAUGCCAUAUCUAGGAAAAUAUACACAUACAGUAUCUGGUAUACGGCCUGUAUGUGUGUAUCUGUAUAUAUGAUACGAGUGGAAGCGUUGUGAGGAUGUGCGAGUGCAUGUGACUGUGUGUUGAAAUCCAACUAUAAUAUAUUUCACAAUGGCAAUUGAAAAAAGCUGUAGUAUAAAAAAAUGUCUUCCUUUCUGAGAAAUAUAAUGAAUUAUAUACAAUGUAUGAAUUUUUUUAUUUAUACAUUUGUUUUUUUUUUAUCUGCAAUGCAUUAUGGAUGGUGACUUCCUUUUCCACCAACGAGGAAGAAGCAGCUUUCAGCGUCACUGUGGAAUCAUACGUACAAAGUAAACACUUGCAAAUCAUCUUUAAAAAAAAAAAAAAAGAAGACAAAGAAGAACAAGCAAACAAACAAAAAAAGCACAUGCUCACACAAAGGAAUUUUUGGGGGACUUACGGAAAACUAAAACUUUCGGGAAGUCUUCUCAACCUUGACAGUGUUAAAGGAAUGAAUAAAAGAAAAUGCUGCUUUAAGAUGAGCGUGACGGAUGGACGAAAGGUCGGAUGGGUGCGCUUGUUUUCUAUUCCUCAUUUAGGAUCAUUGAAAGGUGACGUUAUGAUGACAAAGAAAGAAAUUAAACUCUGUGUAUAUUUAUAAUAUUUAUAAACUAAAGAAUUAUCACCAUUAUGCAAUAGACUGUGACAUAAAGAUUACCUAUACGUGUGCUGUAAAUAGUUUUUGUAGAGCUAGUAUUUACAGAUACUGUGUGGUGCAUUCUCUCUAUCAUAAGGAAAUGUCUUACUUCUGUCGGGAAACCCAGCGAACCCACCUGCAAACGAUAAAAAAGACAAAUGAACCUUAAUGUAAAAAAGAGCACACUGGUGACCAGGCUCAACGAGAGUCCCAUUUUGCCAAAAAGAAUAUUUUAUUUUUAAGAGUCUAUUCAACUAAAAACCACUUAAAACCACCGAACAGUAAAAGUUAAAGAAUCCACUUUUACUUCUUUUUUUUUUUUUUUUUGUAGGCAAUGUUCGGUUCAGUAUGCAUUUUGUUUGAUGGCAUUGGAGGUUCCUAAAUUACCAGCUUUGGAAAUAUAUUUAUAAUUGUUCAUGUUUUCUUCUCCUCUUAAUAUUGAUUGUUAAGGCUGCUACUUCUCUUGGAUUAAAAAUGUGUCGCAGCAAUCCUUUGGUACUAACUCCCACAUUGCGACUUAAGCGGUAUAUUUUCCAAAGACUUGGUUUCAAUUAUUAACUGUAAAACCACCGGAAUGUUUGACUUUUUCAAUUCAAUCUCCAAAACGUUUUACAAAUUUGAAGGCACGUUUUUGGCUUACUAUUUUGGGGAUAAAUUCUGAAUUGGGAACCUCAUGAAUGUGGACAAUCAUAAACCGAGGACCCCUUGUAGUCGUAUUAUUAUUAACAACUGUCAAAAUAGUAGCUGUUGUUUCAGGAAUGGACUAAACAAAGUUAUGAAUUCUUAAAAGUUGAUUCAGUGGAGGUAGCUUGAGGGUUUACGGCAUUAUGAGAUAGUCCCCUGGUCCAAUUAAGGAUUUUAAGCUUUCCCCCAAAUUUGGCUGAUUAAAGACUCCAGGGUGCUCCUUUUUGCAUUAAGGUUCUACGUCUCAUGUGAAUCCUUCCCCGUGGGCUCGGACAGGCGAAACCAUCCCAAAACUGGUCCCAGAACUUUCCAGGCAAAGCUCUCCAGUCUUUCUGUCAUUGUGGCCUCCAGGGUGGCCUAGCACAUACUGUAAAUACAGUGAGAUGGUUAAACCUAUCCAAGUCCUUGGAGGAAAGAGCUUCUGGCAACCAGUUUGUGUUGAUAGUGUACCGAUACGUUCCCACAACCGCUGUCAAUGAACGCAUGCACUGUCACGACAAAAAAAAAAGUAAUAAUAAUGUUGACGUUAAAUGUGGAUGUUCGAUUAUGUUAACUGUCCGCCCUCCUCGCUGUCGUUCUGUGCGAGCAUCGACUUGUCACAUGGACAUUCUUACGUAUUUGUGCCUAAACUAGAGCCAUGUUCCGCUCAUCUUUGGUUCAUCCAGAUGUUCCUCUUCUACGUCUUAUGUCUGUGUCUGUGUUGUUGUUUUUCUUUUGAACGGCAAGGAGUUUGCGGCCACGGCCAAAUGUCUCACAGCGUCCAACCUUUUCAAGCAGCUCGUUCAUUUUCUUUCUCACAUUCACACUAUCUGUAAAGUGGAUUUUUUUUCAUUUUUUUGGGGGGGGAGGCAGGGGUACUGCAAUCUUGAAAUAUCACAGUCGACAAAAGAUACAAACAUUAAGCACCUUUCAUACAUUUCUUUUUCAUAGCUUAGGCACUGACGUUUGUGCAAGGAAACUGGCCAAAGUGAGGGAAAAAAAAGUUAUUGUAUUUUUGUUACAAAUUGCACUUUUGAAGUAGAAAACUAAACAUCUUUUUUUGGUGGUGGGUUUAAACAAUGAGCGCUUAAUUGUGAAUCUGCCAUAGUUACAUAGGAACGAUUAAUGAUGCGUCGGAGGUCUGUUACUUUUUCGCAUUUUUUAAAAAAAUCUUAUUUUAUACUUGCCUUUGGAGGGAGUGCUUCCCAACUAUGUGCUUUUGUUUUUAUUUUUUCUUUCCUCUUUAGAUCAGUUACCAGAUGGGCAUUAAUGGCGACAUUACAAGCUUACACUUUAGCACCAUAGAGACCCUCAACUAACCAGCACAUACUGUAUGGUUGUGUGUAUAUUUUUCAUUUUGUUCUUUUUUUUUUUUUGCCAUCAUACGUCGGAUUGUUUGGUGUCGGCGGAAUAAAAGUAGAGAUGCAAAAAGAUUUUUCAUAGAUGACAAGAGCCACAUUUCAGUUUUGAGUUUUUUUCGCGGAGGACAAGAAAGAUUCAUGUAACCUUUCUUACAACAAUAUGCAGACAAACAGUGUUUGUCAAAAAGAUCCUUUUUAUUUUUCUUUUGUUUUUGUUUUAAAUUGUAAAUAAUAAACCUUUAAGAUAUAGAA